AGCACUAGAUUCAAACAGCAGAGUGCGAAGGCAGCUGAACUGAGAAAAGGAAAAGUAGAGAGAAGGAACUGAGUAGAAGAAGAAUUCAGUUGAAUGAAAAGCUCCUUUGACUUUUACAUCCAAGCUUCACAAGACGGCGUUCUGAAAGAUAUUCUUAAUCUUCAGUGUUAAUUGUUGCAGAAUUUGAAAAUGGCAAAAAUGAUGAGCAGCGGAUUCAUUGUCUCCUCUAUUGUGGUGCUCCUGGCUUUCCUGGCCGUCAGUGAAGGGAUGAGUAAGAGAAGCCUGGGAGUGGAGCUGCACUGUCGCUGCAUCCAGACGGAGAGCAAACCCAUCGGCCGCCACAUCGAGAAGGUGGAGCUGAUUCCUGCCAACUCCCAUUGCGACGAGACCGAGAUCAUUGCUACUCUGAAAAAGACAGGCCAAGAGGUUUGCCUGGACCCCGAAGCUCCCUGGGUGAAGAAAGUAAUUAAGAGGAUCAUGUCUAACAGAAGACGCUGAACGGAUCGGGAGAGAUGUGCUUCACUAGUCUGAGUCGUUUAAAGACAAAUGAAAAAUA